AUGUACACCGACGAAGGAAUCGAAACCCAAACUUCUAUUGAUGCCUACACAUUGAACAUGCUAAUUAGAAAUAAGAAAGAUGUGCCUUUGAAUAUUGAGGGCCAUUUAGCCUAUUUAAAGGACCAAUUAACUAAACCUAUUAGCUCGCAUCUAAGCGUAAUUGUACCAUGGGUAAGCACAUGGUUAGUGAACGGAUUUUAUGUACUACUGGGCAAGGAAAAGUUCAAAGAGGAACUGAAGAGUGGAUAUUUGCAAGUCUUAGACCGAUUAGCAACUGACAUUUUAUCUUAUCAAACUACAGGAUUUGGUGGAAAUCGCGAUCUGCCGCCAAACUUAGGAAAUACAUAUGCGGCCUUAUCCUUCUUGCGAAUCAUGGGACGUUUAGAGGAAGUAGAUAAGGAUAAGGUUGUGCAGUUUAUUCAAGAAAUGAAAGUCGAUGGUGGAUUUACUAUGCACGUGAAUGGAGAGGUCGAUGCUCGUUCGCUUUACUGUGCGAUUGCCUCGUAUUCGCUUCUGUUCUCAGAUAAGAUAGACAGUAACUCGCAAUUAAGUCCAUUGGAGACUGAAACUGGGAAGGGUUUGUUUGCGGAGGCGUAUGGUUGGAUUUGUGAUGCCCAGACAUAUGAAGGUGGGUUUGCGGCUCUGCCUGGUGAAGAAGCACAUGGUGGAUAUACUUACUGCGCGAUAGCAUCACUGCAGAUUUUAGGAAAGCCAAUUCCAAAUGAAGAGCUUCUAUCAGAGUGGCUGUAUCAACGCCAGGACUUUAUUUCCAAGGGGUUCAAUGGCCGAACGAAUAAGGGAGUUGAUUCUUGCUAUAACUUUUGGGUAGGCGGUUCAAUGAAGAUGCUUAAUAUGCGGCCGGUAUCUGUACAGGGGCUAAUUACUUAUACACUAUCUAAUUGCCAAGUACCAACCGGUGGACUGAGCAGUGUUCCUCGAGCUGUCCCUAAAGCCGAUGUAUAUCACACAUGUUAUGCCCUGUUAGGACUUUACAUCCAAACCGCCACCGAUUUCAACACAGCCCUUGGAGUUCCGGUUUAA